AUGGCGGGCGCUGCGCCGGGCCCGCCGCUCAAGGUGCUGGCGGCGCAGCUGCGGCGGGCGGAGCGGGGCGCGGGCGGCACCUGGCAGCUGCGGAGGGCAGCGGCGGGCCGGGAGCCGCUGUCCCUGCGGGCCGUGUGGAUGCAGGGCACCGUGCUGGAGGUGCAGCGCGGCCCCGAAGGCGGCUCGGCCCGGCUGCAGGAUGGCAGCGGCGCCUUCACCGUGCUGGGCGUGGAGCAGGUGCCGCAGGGCCGGCCGUGCCUCAGCGCAGGGAAGUAUGUAAUGGUGAUGGGUGUGGUGCGGUCCUGCAGUCCUGAGCCCGUUCUUCGAGCAAUAAAGAUGACAGAUCUCUCUGAAAACCCCGUCCAUAAGAACAUGUGGAACCUUGAAGUGGAGGAUUUGCACAGAGUCAUCCCCUAAUACUUUUUACUUUCUUCUAAAAGAACUGUACUUAUUUUUUGCUUUUGCUUUUUGGUGCAGAACUUUGGACUAUUCUGUGUGACCACUGCUGGAGUAAACCAAAGUGAGGAGUUGAGCUCAGUUAAACAUAGGGACCAAUGCUCAUCUGAUAGUAAUCACAGUGUUUGUGUCUUCCAGUCUUUUUUUGCACCAGCAUAUUUGAGAAGUGCCAGUUUGAUGUUUUGAUUAAGAUGUCCAUGCUAUUAAAAAGGCUGUAUGUUUG